AUGUCUGGGAACAGCGAAUCAAUUCGCGGCGAGGCCGAUGACGAGCCUUGCGAAUCAGACUGCGAAUGCUGCUACUACUCUUUUCCCUUCCUCAAUCUCCCACGCGAAAUUCAGUUGAAAGUAGUCCGUGAAGUACCGGAUUACUGGACCUACAUUUCUCUGCGACAGACUAGCAGCGAAAUCAGCGAACUGUGUCAUGUGGAGGAGAAAAUAGUCUUGGCCAAUCUGAGAAACCGCCUGGUCGCUCCCUUCUACGACUACUACGACUUUCACGCCUCUCUUCAUCUUGCAGAGGGAGCUGUCAAGCAGCCUCCACCCACCGGGUGGCCGGAAAUGACCCAUGAAAACUUCCGUUCCCUUGGGAAAUCCGACUUGGCCAUCGAGGUGUUGCGCCAUUUACCGUACAUCGAGAAUCUUGAAUACCAUGACAAUAUCAACAACAUCGACUACAAGUGCAACGUCAUCGACUACUCUGCUUGGAAGCCUGGCGAUGAGUAUCCCGGUAAAAGCAUGGAAGACUACUUCGAGUAUGAGGAGCCAGUCUCUAAGCACAAGAUAGCUAUCGCAUAUGGUUACGAGAGUGGCGGCGUUACUUUCAUGUUGGACACGUUGACUGGUAGUGUGUAUGAAGAGAUAAUCAGAUGCUCGUCGGGGGUAGAGGAUGAGCCGGUUGAAGACUACUUUGAGAGCAAAAAGGAGGAGUUCAGGACUUUCAAAUUGAUGUUCAUCCCAGGCUUUGACCCGCCAGAGGGUUUCACCGACGAGAAGUAUCCGUAUGAUGCGGAGAAGAUGGAAAAACAACGCGAGCCACGCUCACCUGACAAAUGGAUAAUGGACACAGAUGAAGAUGGUCUUUGGAUCCGACACCUUUAUCGAAAGUUCGGAUGGCCCUCCCCAGCCUGGAAAAAGGAUGAAGGCAUUCAAGCAAUCAAAGAGUUCGUUGCGCGGAGAGAUCAAGAGCAUGAUCAGUACCAACAAGACUUGGGAAUGCAAAUGAGGCUCUUUGAUGCUCAAAGACAGCGGAACGAACAGCAGCAUGCAGCUGGCCAGUAA